AUGGAAAACAGGAGCAGAUGUCCAAGACAGUCAAGAGCAAUUUAUGAAACUAGACUUAACAAGUUAGAUACAACUAGAAGAACCCUAAAGUCAAAGGCAACAAGUAUUCUGGACACAAGAAGCAUUAUUGCAAAUACUUAUGGACCAAAAGUUAGUACAACAGCAGGCACAAGUGAUUUGAGCAAAGAGACAAAAACUACAGAAACAAAAACAAAUAAUAAUAUGAAAACAAUUGAUAAUACAAAAAAAGAUGAAAAAGAAAAAAAGGAAGAUAUGGAAAAGGCAUGUAAAACCGAAAUUGAAGGAACACAAUUAAAUGAUAGGUCAACUCUAACAAGAGCAGCAAUAAACCAAAAUAAAAAAACAAAUAAUGAAAAAGGAAUUAGUUCUGGAUAUACCAAUUGGCAUAAAGUUAAAAAUAAUAUAAUAGAAAAGAGUGACACAACAAAUGAAAAUAUUAUGAACAUGUUAUUAGAAAUCCAGCAAGAUAUAAAAGAAAUCAAGGAAAAGGAACAGGUGAAAGAUAUAGAUGAAAGAUUAGAAUUAGUGAAAACUCAUUGUGCUUAUGAAAUAUUAAAUGAUGGAGAAAAUGAUUUAAAAACUUUAAAAAUAGUCACUCAAAAUAUAAGAGGAAUGACAAACAUUACAAAACAAAUAGAUUGGUUGAAAUUCUGUGAAGAUAAAGACUUAGAUAUAAUUGGAAUAAUGGAAACCUGGGCAAAAGAUGAAAAUUGUAAAUAUAUAUUCAAAAAUGAUACAAUAAAAGAAAUACAAAGAAAGAUAAAAAUGCUGAUGAAUACAAAUAUUUUUGAACAAAUGGACAACAAACAAAUGGUUCAGGAGUCAGAAUCAUGA